GCAGCAACACUAUAUCCUUAGCUUCUUCUUCUUCCUUUCCUCAUAUAAUAAUCUCUUUCUGGGGCACACCACAGUAAGAAAGAAACAGAGAUCAGUGCUUGCUUUGCUUAGUUAACGCUGUGAAGUUGCGUUCCACCUACUCUUUUUAGUCUCUUUAUCUUUAUUCUUCUUCUGUUCUAACGCCCCCACCCUACACCCCUCUCUCCCAUCAACCUUCCUUUGCAUUCUUUCUUUCUUUCUUUCUUUUCCUUUCUUCACUUUCUUCCCUUCUUCACCCUAACUCAUUUCAUCUUCUCCCUAUGAAAUGAUUCACAAACACCACCCCGGUUGCACCAUUCACCACCAUGCCUACUUAGCCUACACCAUCAUUCACAACCUCAGAAGCCCCCACAGAUUUAGGUAAGUGACCACAAAAGAUUCAUUCUUUUUCUGCCUUACAACUUAUGGCAUCAUCCAUUGCCACCUUCUUCAACAAGUUCCUUUAUCUCCUCAUCCUCUUGGUCCACCUUGGCUGCUUCAUCUUCACCACCACCGCCGGAGGAAAAAAAACGCCACCAUCAAAGAAACGCAAAAUCUCACCCUCCUCCCCUUCCCACCCAAAAUUCAAAACCCACAAAGCCCUGUCCUCUUCUUGGCAUUUCAUUAAACACCUUCUUUCCACCAAAUCCUGCAAAACCCCCAAAACCGCCACCUCCCAAUUAUCCCCUCAAUCUACCGCCCCCACCUCCACAACCUCCGUCUCCCCCGCAGCAGCACACUCCCUCAUUUCACUAACACAACCCGACCCGGACAGAAAACAACCCGGGUCUUGUCCCGAAUCCGACAUUUCCGCCGACACCAACCUCUUCUUCCCUCUCCGCAACGACAUCUUCCCCUGCACCGCCUGCGGCGAGAUCUUCCAGAAACCCCACCUCUUGGAAACCCACCAAACCCUCAAACACGCGGUUUCGGACCUAUCCGGAUCCGACCCAGGUCACAACAUCGUCCAGAUCAUCUUCAAAUCGGGUUGGCCUGAAUCCAAACCCUCCCCCACCAUAACCCGCAUCCUCAAGAUCCACAACAGCCCAAAGAUCCUCGCCAAGUUCGAGGAGUACCGCGAGGUCGUCAAGUCCAAAGCGGCGCGUAACGGAUCCCUCACGCGCCGCCGCGACGAGCGCUGCAUCGCCGACGGGAACGAGCUCAUGCGCUUCCACUGCUCCACGUUUCUGUGCGACUUGGGACACAGUGGGGAUUCGUCAAUUUGUUCUCAGCAAUUUUGUAAUAUAUGUGGAAUUAUUAAGUCGGGGUUUUCCCCUAAACUCGACGGAAUUGCCACGCUGUCCACCAGCUGGCGUGCACACGUGGCUAUACCAGAUGACGUGGAACGAGAAUUCGGCUUCAUGAAUGUCAAACGGGCCAUGCUCGUUUGUAGGGUCAUUGCGGGUCGGGUUGGAUCCGAUUCAGACGACGCCGAAAAAGCUGAUGGUGGUUUUGAUUCGGUAAUGGCGAGGUCAGAGACUGGAGUUUACACGCGGCUUGACGAGGAGGAGUUGUUGGUGUUUAAUCCUAGGGCUGUUCUUCCUUGCUUCGUGAUUGUGUAUACUGUGUGACGUGAUGUAUUCAAUGGCUGUGAUGAAGAUGAUUAUGUGAGCUCGGUCGAUCCAACGUUGGAUUGUAAUUUUAAUUUGGCUAAGUAAUUUGUAGCUGAGACAUGUUUUUUUUUUGGUUUUUCAUAAUCUGGGUUAUUAUUAGACCCUUGUGCACGAAAUUUUGUGCAUUAAAUUGACACAUUAUGGUAUAGAAAUUGGUGUAUCUAAGACUUUUCGUGAA